AUGACGCGAGGCUUUGAGGAGCAGGAACAGCAGGAGCAGCAGCAACAACUAUUAGUUUUACUGGAUGUUGACAACACGCUAUACUGCGACAACAAUGGAGUUGGUCUGGCGAAACAAAUGCGAGCUGCUCUCAUCGAGUACGUAAUGGACUUUCUAGAACUCUCACAAGAGAAGGCGAAUGAGCUUGUUGUGCACUGCUUCCACACUUACGGCCUCACUAUAUUGGGCUUGGUGCGCGAGAAGACAGGGGUCGACCCAGCGCGUGUGAUGGACCACGUGUACAACCGCUGUGACUUCGGCGGGCUGCGCGAGGACCCAGCGCUGCGCAAGAUGCUGCAGCGCCUGUGCGACGACGGGCGGCGCCACCUCUUCUACGUGACGAACGCAUCGCGGCAGCACGUCACCACGGUGCUGCGCAGCCUCGGCCUUGGCCUCGAUGGCUUCUCCUACGAGGACCAGUGGGCGUGUACCGCGCCAUCGCUCAGCAACAAGCCCGCACGGGAGGCGUACAGUGCCAUCUACGCGGCCGUGCGGGAGCGACUGCAGCAGCCGGACUGGCUUGUGCCGCGGCGGGUCGUGAUGGUCGACGACAGCGCGUACAACCUCCUUGAGCCACUGGCGAUGGGCUGGGCGGCAGUGUGGAUGUCGAACGGCGACGCCCUCCCGGCGGUGCUCGUGGAGCCGAUGAAGACCGGGAGGCUCUUCUGCAUCGAGAACAUCAUGGAGCUUGAGGGUGUUAUUCAGCGCCUGGCAGAAGAGCCUGCAUCCAAUAUAUGA